AUGGCAAGAAACUGGGCAUUUAAACUGGAGAGGAUGUCUGCAGAACAAAGACGACUGGCAGAAAAGUUCAUCAAUGAAAUACUCUUUGAAGGUGAAGAAGGAAAUUUUCGUAGACAUUCAGUAAUGAUUAACCUGAGCAAUCAAUAUUCCAUUCCCUCAUCUCAAUCUUCUGUUUUGUACAUUCAAUCUCUUAUCUAUCACACUCAAUCUCCUGUUCCGCAAUCUCCAUCUACCGUUCAGUACAUUCAAUCUUCUACCUCUCACACUCAAUCUACUGUUCCGCAAUGUCCAUCUCUCGUUUCGUACAUUCAAUCUUUUAUCUCUCACACUAAAUCUACUGUUCCGCAAUCUCCAUCUCCCAUUCCGUACAUGCAAUCUUCUAUCUCUCACACUCUAUCUACUGUUCCGCAAACUCCAUCUCCCGUUUCGUACAAUCAAUCUCCUAUCUCUCAUACUCAAAAUCAAGCUCAAGCUCAUGCUUUAUCUUAUACGGAGCAACCUGCGUUAAUUCAUAUUCCAGACUCGCCAACAAAUGAAACUAAAGCUGAGACAGCAGCAAAAUACUUGUUGACAGCAGCAGAAUACAUUUUAAAUAGUAUGAUUUAA